CCGUGAGCGGCGGCAGCGGCCGGAGCGCGGUGAGGCGGCGGCGGAGCUCGGAGGAGGCCGCAGCGCAGGAUUUCCCAUUGCCGACCCCAUGGAGGCUGCAAGGAAGAGGAAGAUGCCCCGGGGCACUGAGGCAGAGCAGGAGCUGAACAUGGAGAGCAGGGAGGACAAAUGCCCGCGGCAGAACCUGGUGGAAGAGGCCGUUUUGAGCGGCUCCACGGUGCAGGAAGCCAACGGGGAGGAAAAGCCCCGGAGAUGCCGCACGAGGAGGGGCUGCAAACGCAGCUGGUGGGGAUCUGAGGGGGAAAGAGCCAGCCUGGGCCGGGAAGGCGGCUGGAGAUGGAGCCAGAGCUCGGAGCUGGUGCUCUGUGAGCAGCUCCAUGAUGGGGAGAAGCCCCACACAUGCGUGGAGUGUGGGAAGAGCUUCAGCCGGAGCUCCCACUUGAUCAUACACCAGAGGACCCACACUGGAGAGAAGCCGUACCAGUGUGGGGAGUGUGGGAAGAGCUUCAGCCAGAGCUCCAACCUGAUCAGGCACCAGAGGACCCACACUGGGGAGAGGCCCUACGAGUGUUCCAAGUGUGGGAAGAGGUUUACGAGUAGCUCCGAUCUCCUUCAGCACUAUCAGACUCACACAGAGGAGAGGCCCUUCCAAUGCCCCGACUGUGGGAAGAGAUUCAAGUACAACUCCACCCUCAUCACGCACCGGCGCAUCCACACGGGAGAGAGGCUCUACGAGUGUGAUAAAUGCAGGAAGGGGUUUCAGACCAGCUCCAUUCUCCUCCAGCACUAUCGAAUUCACACAGAGGAGAGGCCUUUCCGCUGUCCCGACUGCGGGAAGGGAUUCAAGUGCAACUCCACCCUCAUCACCCACCGGUGCAUCCACACUGGGGGGAGGCCCUACGAGUGUCCCCAGUGUGGGAAGAGCUUCUCCAGGAGCUCUGACUUGACCAAACACCAACAGAGGCACCACUAAGGGAAGCCCUGUGAGUGCCCCGAGUGUGGGCAGAGCUUCGUGCGCUGCUCCAGCUCCAUCCCCCACUGGAGGAGGCACUUUGGGCACAGCUCUGGUCACUCACAUUCCCUGUGAUCCAUGUUGGGAACACACCUGGCUGCUUCUCCUUUUGGUUUGGCCUUAAUUUUCCUCUGCUUCACCUUCAUCCUUUAAAAACACCCAAAACUGGGUUAAAUGAAGGAAAUUGGUCGAAUAUAUCUGAAGUUCCAUAAUUUCUCAGUUGUUUUAGAGGGAAUUUAGGAUUUGGGGAUGCAUUCUGUGUGGAGUGCUGCUGUUGCUAAGAGGCAGGAAUUUGAUCUUACCCUUCUUGUGUUGCUAAGAACUCCUCCCCUGACCCCAUCCCCAAUUCCACCCUUGGGAUACCCUGUAAAUAUUCCAUGGCCCUGCCUUUCACCUGCCUUUCGGGGUUAAGAAAUGGAUUCCCAAAGGAUCAGCCCUAUUCCCUCUGUAUUCCAAGAGGAUGAACCUCUUCCACUGGAUUCCCAGAGGAUACUGACUCUAUCACUCUUUUUUUUUUGUUUGUAGUACUGCAUUUGUAUGUUUAAUUCUUCCUAAUAAAGAACUGUUAUUUCUACUCCCAUAUCUUUGCCUGAGAGCUCCUUAAUUUCAAAAGUAUUUUAUAUUUUUGUACUAUAAUAAUAAUAGUAAUAGUAAUAGUAAUAAUAAUAAUAAUAAUCAAAUGGAGGGGGUUUACAUUUUCUAUUUCAGUGGAGACUCCUGAAAUAGGGAGACAACCCACAAGGUUGGGCCAUGUAAAAUAGUUCCUGAAAGAUGUAAAUUAGUUUAUGGAUAUGGAUGAGGGUCUAUGAAUAUGCAACAGACUGAUGUAAUUAAAACCAGAUUAAUUAAGAGGUGUCCCCGAAAAUAACUUGGGGGGUCUUGGUGGCCAUAACAACCUUUGCUCGAAGGUCCUUGUCUCCCAUUACAUCAGUCUGUUGCAUAUUCAUGGCCUUGUUGUAUAUCCAUAAACUACUUUACAUAUUCUGGCAUCAAAAGUGGAUUCAUCCUGGUUGAGGGUCCAACCCCCUCCCAGCUCAAUUUGGGGGGUCCCAUCCUCCUCCCAGCUCAGUUUUUGGAUCCCAUACCCUUUCCAGCUUAAUUUGGGGGUCCCAAUCCCCUUCCACCCCAAUUUGGGGGUCCCAUCCAUCUCCCACCUCAACUUUGGGGUCCCACACCCCUCUUUUUCCCACUCUCCCUCCCCUUUCCAAUCAUUCCCCCAAUCCCCUCCCCCGUGUUUGGUUUUAGGGGCUUCAGGGUCCUCCUGGGGUCUCCAGGCCCCUCCUGCUCCGUUUUGGGGUCCCGACCCCGUUGUGGAUUAAUUUUGGGUCUCAAAUCCAUCCCCAGGGUCACCUUCCCCCCCCCCAAAUUCCGCUCCUGGCAACUGAUGAGUCAUCAGCGAGACACGCUCUGAUUGGCUGGAAAUUACCCCGUGUGAUCUCUGAGUAUUUACCAAAGUGAGAGGCCUUGGUCUGUGGCUGGCAAGUGCGCUGAUUGGCUGAAAAUCACUCGGCGGGGCCAGUGUGUAGUAGAUAGGGUCAGGCGCUCGGAAAAUCUCGCGAUGUCACGGAAAGCAGCAGGGUUCCUCUCCCCCUAACACCUAGUGAUAAGGGAUCACCCAAGAAUGUAGUCCCCCCUAACACUAAUAACUUUCGACUCCUUACUAACCAAUUACAGUAAGGCAAGACCCCCUGACGUAGAGAAAAAACUUUCCCAGUAUAAAACCCGAUGAGAUGGGACAAUAAAGGUCUUCAACUGUCCACCA